UUUCCGUAGACGCACGUUCUGCCAUGGACUUUGCACUUCUGCCAAUUUCCAAGGAUUCUUUGGAAUGGCAGUGCAGCAUCCUGAAGCUCGGAGGUCUCACAGUGCUGCUGAAUUGUGGGUGGACGGAAUCCUUGGACCCAAAGCUCUUGAUACCAUUGAUCCCUCACUUGCAGGAACUGGAUUUGAUAGUGCUAACGCAUUCUGACGUGCGGCAUCUUGGUGCCUUGCCAUAUGUGCUGACGAAAUAUCCGGUCUCUUGCCCGGUGGUGUGCACAGAACCUGUUUGCCGCCUUGGGGAGUUGAGUUGUGUGGCAUGCUUGGAAGAUCGUGAGAAGUAUCGGGAACCUGCUGAGGCGUAUGAGGUGGAUGACGUGCUGCGAAUCUUUAUGUCGAGGUUAACGACGCUGAAAUACCGCGAAACCUUUCGGAUCUCUGUGAAUGGCCGGGUUCUAGCUGCCUGUCCAUAUCCUGCCGGAUCUCAUCUCGGAAGUGCUUUUUGGACACUCCACUGUGGGAGUUUGUCAGCAGUGUAUUUGGUCGAUGGUACAAUGCGACGUGGGAGAUAUUUAGAUGGCGUGGAAGUGGACCGGCUUCGACCUUUGUGCAGAGGCUCAGCCCAGCGCUGGGACGUGCUCGUGACGGCGCCCGUGCCAUCCAUGGGCUUGCCUCUUCCACACGGAGCUCAUCACAAAGCCAAGCCAUCCACGUCCAAGGCCAUAUCAGUUGCCCGGACAGUGCGAGAGCAGUGCUUCUUGGAGGAGACUAUUACGGCGCUUCGAAAGGGUGGCAGCGUCCUAAUCCCGGCCGAUGUAGCCGGGUGGAUUUCCGAGGCCUUGCUUCUAUUUGAAGCAGCUUGGGGGCAAGAUCGACAGCUCAGCAGCUAUCCCAUUUGCUGGCUCUCUUCUGUUGGAGACAUGGUGCUGGACCAGGUGAAGACUCGCCUGGAAUACAUGGGACAAGAAGUUCUCGAAGCGUUCGAAUCAAAGAUUGGGCAUCAUCCUUUUGUGCUGAAGAAUAUCCGCAUCUUUCAGAGCCUUGAGGAGUUGAUUGCGUCUCAUCCUCUCAAUCGACCCAAGGUCAUUUUUACCAGCUCUCAACAUCUGGACGGAGGGGAUGCCCGCGAGCUCUUCUUCCGCUUGUCCUCUGAACCCAAAACUUUGCUGUGGCUUGUUGGCGUGGCGCCAGCUGGCACUUUGGCGCGUCAGUUGCUAGAGGACUUCGUGCUGAACUACUGUCACGGCAAAGACUAUCGCUUGCAGCAAUAUUUGAAGUCUGCCCUGCCGGAUGAAGAGUUGCGCGCUUUUUACGAGAAGAUGCAGGAGCAGGCUUCUGAACCAGCGCCACCACCCGAAUUCACAGUUGCAAUGAAGGCAGAAGAUAUCCUGUCAGUGAAGGGAGAAGACCCAAAAGUAAAAGAAGAAGGCAAAACAGAGGUGAAAUCUGAAGUGAAAGCCGAGUUGAAAAUAAAAGAAGAGCGGAAGGAGAAAAAGGGGAACAAGGAGACGAAGGAGAGCACACUGGCUGCCGCGAAAGGCAAUGUUUUAUGGAGCCCUUUGGGAUGGCCAAGCAGUCGUACGGCUGCGUUCCAAGAACAACGAACUGAAAGUGACCAGUAUGGGCAAAUCCUGACUGAAGCCGAAUUGCGUCUUUGGAAAGUGCAGGACCAGGAGGGCAACAAGCAAAGUCAAUCGCACGCUGAGGGACGUAUACCAUCAAUGGUGUUCACAGGGAUUGAGGUUGCUAAAGAAGAAGCGGCUGAGUGGCGUGAAAGUUUGCGAGAACACUUUCGCGAGCCAAUGCAUUGCGAGGUUCGUGAGAAGAUCGUCAAGGUCAACUGCAAGAUACGGUAUUUGCCAGACAAUACGUUGGAGCCUGCUGACCUCACGAACCUCUUGCAGCUUGCAUCACCAAGGCACGUGGUGCUUUUGCCCAGCCGUGGAAAUACAAGCACCGGGGACAUGCUCAAGGCUUAUUUCGAGUUUUCAACGCAGCCUGAGAUGAACCGGCCAGCACCAGAGGUCCACAUUCUACGUCCCAAAGACUUCCCCUUGCAGUUGGCGCUCCGUUCUUCGAAGAGGAAGAUGCAGAUUACAAAUGAUUUGUGGCCACAGAUCAGCUAUAUGAAAUCCUUGGACGGCGUCCGGGUAGCACGGCUGCGGGGCUUGACAGAUGUGGCUAAGCCUGAGCUGGGUCCGUUGGACAUCGACUUGGAAGAAACAGCUCCGCCUAAAUUGCCACGGCAAGGAGCGCUUUUCCUGGGCAUGGGGCGAGGUGCUUUGCGACUUAGUGCUUUGCAGGAAUCUCUAUUGGGGGCUGAGUGGAGCUCUGAAGUUGACAUAGGCUUUCAGCCACCUGGACCUGGACAUCGACCAUGGAGUAGCCGUAUCCUUCAACUGGGAAAAGCUGCCAUCGGCUUCAAGAGUGGGGAGCCAGGUGCUACACCCGUGUUGCGCUUAGAAGGCAUGCCCAGCGAGGAGCUCUUUUUAGCUCGAGCUGCUCUUUACAAACGCUGCGCUGUGGUGUGAGCAAAAAGGCGAGCCGUUUGCUCAGCGGGAGUCUGUACUCCAAGAAAAGUAUACCCAAUGCAAUCCUUUGUUUCAGUUCAGCAUUGUUGAUCC